AUGUCUUCUUCAAUUGAAUACAAAAAGCUUGGUGCCUCUGGUUUGGCUAUUUCUCCUAUCAUUGUGGGAUGCAUGUCCUACGGAAAGAAGGUUUGGGCCGACUGGGUUAUGGAAGAUGAAGAAAAGAUCUUCAAAAUCUUGAAAAAGUGUUACGACUCUGGUAUCAGAACUUUUGACACUGCUGACAUGUAUUCCAACGGUCAAUCGGAAGUUAUCUUGGGUAAGUUUUUGAAGAAGUUCAACAUCCAAAGAGACAAAGUGGUUAUUUUAACCAAGUGCUACAACCUAAUUGAUACAAAUAUUCCUACUUUAAACAUGGCCAACCAAUACGACUACCCAUCCUAUGAAUUUGCUAAUAACCAAGGUUUGUCGAGAAAACAUAUUUUCGAUGCUGUCAAGGGUUCAGUUGAAAGAUUGGGAACCUAUAUCGAUGUGUUGCAGAUCCACAGAUUGGACAAGUCUACUCCAAAGGCUGAAAUUAUGAGAGCCUUGAACGAUGUCGUUUCUAAUGGCGAUGUCAGAUAUAUUGGUGCUUCUUCUAUGAGAGCUGCUGAUUUCGUUGAAUUGCAAUUCAUAGCUGAAACGAAUGGCUGGGCUAAGUUCAUCAGUAUGCAAAACUUCUACAACUUGAUCUACCGUGAGGAAGAAAGAGAAAUGAUUCCAUUCUGUAACGACAACUCCUUAGGUAAGGUUGGUUUGAUACCAUGGUCACCAAUUGCCAGAGGUCUCUUGGCUAGACCUCUUGGUGUAGAGUCCGAACAUAACAGAUCUGCCAAAACUGAUGGAGCAAAAAAGAUCUUUGGUUUGGAAAACUUGACCGAAGCCGACAAGGAAAUCAUCAACAGAGUUGAAGAAGUUGCCAAAAAGCGUGACGUCAGCAUGGCUAUAAUAUCCUCUGCUUGGGUUUUGAGCAAAGGUGCUUUCCCUAUCAUCGGUCUCAACUCUGAAGAAAGAGUUGACGAUGCUAUUAAGUCUCUCAGUGUCAAGUUAACUGAUGAAGAACUUGCGUACUUGGAAGAACCUUACCAGCCUAAGCGAGUAUACGGAUUUGUUUAG